UAAACAGGCUGAGGGAGUCCACAGUGGUUCAUGGACAGAGGGAGGUCCAAACAUGACAGUCAGUAUGUAAAAUGACUUGACUCAGCAUAUCGUGUUCAAUAUUUCCUGCCGUUCAGCAGCAAUGCAGACAGUGAGAGAGCGAGCCAUCUCCGCAUCAUCCAGGUGCUCCGCUCGCUCCUCCACCUGCUGCUGCUGCUGCUGCUGGGACUGACCCGGACCCGCCAUUGUUUACACCAAACCACCGCGACGCACCGCUAAAUCAGAGGGCGGAUCUGCUCUGGGACAAACCCGCAUCGGUUUCUGUCCUCGGGAAUGUGAGGCGGAUUUGAAUGUUGAGAGGCCACUUGUGCAGACGUCUCCGCACCUCAGGGAUGGGCCACUGACGUCCACAGCGCGCUCAUCACUCUGCACCAACGCUUCUACCGGCAGCCGAGAUCAUCACCGCCGACCUCCCUUAAGGUAAUUUAUGCCUGAGCAUCGUCGUUUAAGCGCCUAACGCCACAGUCGCGAAGCAUCAAAUGAAUUACAUAACGCAGCCAGGCGGCUGCUGCUGCUCUGCCAGUCACGCUCCGACCCUAGGAUGUGACGUCAUUACGUACGAUUGACGCUUAGCAGGAAGAAACGUUCUGGAUUUAUACCGGAGGAAUAUUUAUAAAUCAAGAAAUGAAUCUAACAAUUAAAUGAGUAUGAAGAAUUAAAAUAAAAUAUUAUUUUACGAAACGUAUCGAUGCGUUAUCCACAGUCCACACAGUAUUCCAACCUAUCAACCCUGAAAAAUAUCUACAGUACUUUAUUUGGAUCAUGAAUUAAAAAACACUGUAUCAACCCUGUGAUGUAGUUGACGUUGUAAUAGCAAUGGACAGCAUUAUCGGGUGUCUUCUUUUCCUUUCGGCUUCUCCCUUCAGGGGUUGCCACAGCGGAUCAUCUUCCUCCAUCUGACCCUGUCCUCUGCUUCCUCUUCUCUCAAACCUACAAACCUCAUGUCCUCCUUCACCACCUCCAUAAAUCUCCUCUUUGGCCUUCCUCUCCACCUUCUGCCUGGCAGUUCCAACCUCAACAUCUCUCCUCUGUACAUGUCCAAACUAUCUCCAUCUAGCCUCUCUGACUUUGUCUCCUAAACACCUGACAUGUGCUGUCCCUCUGAUCUACUGCUUCCUGAUCCUAUCCAUCCUGCUCACUCCCAGAGAGAACCUCAGCAUCUUCAUCUCUGCUACCUCCAGCUCUGCCUCCUGUCUUUUCCUCAGUGCCACUGUUUCCAAAUCAUACAGCAUUGUUGGCCUGACCACCGUUUAUACACAGCAUGAUUAUUAUUAUUAUUAUUACUGUUACUAUUAUUAUUAUUAUUAUUAUUAUUAUUAUUGUUAUUAUUAUUAUUAUUAUUGGGUGUAUUUUUUUAUUGGUGAAUCACUGAUACAAAAUGUACAAAACGACUCAAAAAAGAAAGGCAAAGAAAAACGUGGCUAUAAAUAUAGAAUUGUGCACAAACUGGAUAUAUAACUGUAUAUUCUUCUUAAUAAUGGUAUUUACUAAAAACCUGCCGUCAAAUCUAAUCUAAUCUAAUCUAAUCUAAUCUAAUCUAAUCUAAUCUAAUCUAAUCUAAUCUAAUCUAAAUUUUUGAAUUUAGGUUAUUUUAAAAUAAGUGCGUUGAAAUGUGCUAUUGUCGAGCUCUUCGGCAUCCUAAAGGUUGUCAGGCAAGACUUGAAAUACGUUUGAGAUCUCUGGAACUUAGCCAAGUGAAAUUCAAGUUGACACCCUUUCAAACAUUGCAGUGCACCAGUAUAACAAGUCAUAAUCUUCCACUCUGCUCUUCCGAGCACACUGGCUGUUUGCCUUGGAAAGGCAGCUAAACAGUAAAGGGUAAGUCAAUAGUGUUUGUCCUUUCGAACACUGACCAGAGGGAGGUGCCUAAAGAAAUAUAACCGCUAUAUGUGAGGCAUGAUGUAACCUAUCUAUCUAUUAACACAGAAGUGGUGAAACAGAAAUGAAGCUGGGAUCCUGCGUUACCGCUGUGAGGAGUACGAGAGUUCUCAUUGGGAAUGAAGUUUGCCCUGCAGUCAUCAUUAUAGAAAAUGGAAAAAUCAAACAAAUAGUCUCACAUGCAGACUUCACCGAGGUGGAUGGCUCUCAGGUCUUGGACGCAGGCAACAGUUUGGUAAUGCCUGGUAUUGUGGACUGUCAUGUUCAUGUCAACGAACCUGGGCGCACUUCAUGGGAGGGUUUUUGGACCGCGACCCGAGCUGCAGCAGCCGGUGGUGUGACAACAAUUGUGGAUAUGCCACUGAACAGUGUCCCACCUACCACCACCCUGGGGAAUUUUCAGGAGAAGCAGCGGGAAGCAGCAGGGAAGUGUUUUGUGGACACUGCCUUCUGGGGUGGAGUGAUUCCUGGCAAUCAGCUCGAGCUUCGGCCGAUGAUCCAAGCUGGAGUGGCUGGUUUCAAGUGCUUCCUGAUCCACAGUGGUGUGGACGAGUUCCCCCACGUGACUGACUCGGACCUCCACUCUGCCAUGAAGCAGCUGCAAGACACCGGGAGUGUUCUGCUGUUCCACGCAGAGAGGGAUGUUGAAGCGAACACUGAUGGAGCCAGUGAUCCCCGCCAGUACUCCACCUUCCUCCAGUCCAGGCCAGACGUAAUGGAAACAGAAGCCAUUCGCAUAGUGACAGAACUCUGCAGACAGUACCAGGUCCGGUGCCACAUUGUUCACUUAUCCUCUGCACAGCCCCUGGAGCUAAUCCAGGCGGCCCGACAGUCUGGUGCACCACUGACCGUGGAGACAACACACCACUACCUGAGUCUGUGUGCGGAAGACAUCCCGGUCGGGGCCACGCAGUUCAAGUGCUGCCCCCCAAUAAGAGGGUCUACAAACCGAGAGCUGCUAUGGUCUGCAUUGAAAGAAGGCAAGAUUGACAUGGUGGUGUCGGACCACUCCCCCUGCACUCCUGAGCUGAAAAAACUGGAGCGUGGCGACUUCACUCAGGCCUGGGGAGGAAUAUCUUCUCUGCAAUUUGGACUUUCUCUGUUCUGGAGCUCAGCUAGUAAACGUGGCUUCACACUGCCUGACGUAGUGAGACUCCUGUGCCAUGAAACGGCCCGGCUUUGUCGCCUUGACAACCAGAAAGGCUGCCUCGCUCCGGGAUACGACGCAGACUUGGUGAUUUGGGACCCGGAGAAAGAAUUUGAGAUCAAGGAAGGAAACAUUCAUCAUAAAAACAAAUUAACUCCGUACCUGGGCGCCACACUGCAAGGGCUGGUGAGGACCACCAUCAUCAGGGGUCAGCUGGUGUACAGAGAUGGAUGCUUCUGCCCUGAACCUCUGGGGCAGCUUCUUCUCCUCCCAUCUCGGACUCACACCGCACAUCUGUGAAGAAAAAAAAGAAAAACCAAACAACCAAAACCAAAACACAGCAAAGGUCAUUUUUGUAAUUUCACAUUUGGAAUAACUGCUACAAUAAAAG